AUGCAUGACGAGGGAGAGGGAGGAGCAGCAGCAACUGCAGCAGCAACUGCAGCAGCAAAAACUGCAGCAGCAGCAGCACCAGCAGCAGCAGCAGCAACAACAACAGCUGCUGCAGCAUAUAAACAACAACAGCAGCAACAUAAGAACAACAAGCAGCAAGCUGAGCGUCAACAGCAGCAGCAGCAACAACAAUACCAACAGCAGCAGCAACAGCAGCAACAGCAGCAGCAGCAGCAGCAGCAGCAGCAGCAGCAGCUGCAAGCAGCGAAAAUGUCUCCGCUAGCAGCAACCGCCUCCUCCUGUCUCCUUUUUGUUUUUGCUUCUUUUGUCUCAGCAGCGAGAGACGGAAGAACUGAAUCCCCAGACAUUCCUAUGCCUGGCGAUUCAUCUUUAAUACAUUUUUCUUCAUACAAAGAUUCAGCCCCAACAAAGCCCCGAGAGGACCUGCAUGCAUGGGCUCAGAAGGUUGCUGCUGAGCUGCAGCCGGUGCAGCAGCUGCUGCAGCAGCUGCAGCAGCAAGACACAGAGCUGCGGCAGCAGCUCGAGCAGCAGCAGAACCCAGACCCAGACCACCACCAACAGCAGCAGCAGCAGCAGCAGCAGCAGCAGCAGCAGCAGCAGAUAGGGUUUGCUGAAGCUAUACUAAGAAGUGCUGCGCUCGCUGCUGAAUUCCAAAAACUCAGAAUCGAUAGACAAAUCAUACAAGAUGACCCAGAGCUAGAAGCUGAGGCGGACCAGUAA